CGUUGUAAUAUUAUAUUAUUGUCUUCGUUUCCAGUCCUUUUCCUGGGAACGGCAUUGGCACAGCCGUGCCCGCAGCCGGAGCCGCAGUUCCCGUGCGGCUGCCAGGCGCCCCCGCCACCCUGCGACGGGAGCCUCCAGAUAGGGCCGUGUAACCCAUGCGAGCCUCCAGUCAACUACGUGUACGGGCAAGCUCCAGCUGGUUCCAUCCUCAUCCGCCCCGGUCAGAUCAGGUUCCCCAAUCCACCCCCAAUAGUGGUACGACCUGGUCAGAUCAGAUUGCCCCAGCCACCAGCGAUCUGGGUGAAGCCAGCCCCAGUCCAGCCCCCCACACCGUGCCCCAUCACGGUGAGGCCCCCACCGGUGCGACCUCCGACGCCCCCACCGUUCUACGUGAGGGUGCCCCCAGUGACCCCGCCCCAGCCCCCGCCGUUGAUUGUCAGACCACCACCCGUCUGCGUGCCUAGACCUCCACCAAUGAGGGUGCAACCCCCACCAGUGCAACCCCCAGUACCCGGAGCCUUAGUUGUAAGGCCCCCUAAGAUCGUGGUACCAGCGCCCCCAACCAUCUGCUUCCGCCCGAACCCACCCCAGAACUUCAGAACCUUAGGAGCUGCGACAGUUUGCAGAGUCAACGCCCAGGACUGCGCGCCACCUCCACCGCCACCCUGCCCCUGUCAGUCUUGCCCCCCACCGCCCUGCCCGUGCCCCUGCCCCUGCCCCCCACCCCCGCCGCCCCCAUGCGGCUGCCCACCACCCCCAUGCUUAUGCAACUAA